CAGAUCAGAAAAGUGAUUCACUGCUGAAGAGAAGCUGUGUGAUGAUGGCUAAGCUCGCUGUGUGUGUCUCUGUAAUGUUGGUGCUGCUGGUGGCACUGACUGAAAGCAGUCCCAUGUGCUGCACACAGUACCAAGAACAUCCAGUCCCAGUGAAACUCCUGAAAUACUACAGAAUCCAGGAGAUCACAGACUACUGCAACAUCAAGGCAAUAAUUUUCAGGACGGUAAAAAACAAACUUCUGUGUGCCGAUCCUGACAAAAAGUGGGUGAAGAUCGCCAUGGACUCUGUACCAGAAAAACUUUGAGCAGCAUCUUCACUCAUGGAGACCACCUGAGGAAAUCACCUAAAAGACACAAGAUAAAAAUUAAUACAUUAUUUUGAAAUCAA